UGUUUUUAUUAUAUUUCUUCAUUUAUUUUUCGGCUAUAUAAACCACCCCCUCCAUUUCCUUCUUCCAUCACUCGCCUCCCUCUGCUUCACUUAGCACCGCCGUUGCCGGAGAAAUGAACAGGCCGGGGGAUUGGAACUGCAGAUCAUGCCAGCAUCUCAACUUCCAACGGCGGGAGUGCUGUCAACGCUGUGGCGAAUCCAGAUUCCUGGCUGACCUUGGGCUCUUUGGCGGCGGCGGCGGCGGCAGUAGAGGAAGAAGCAUUUCGUCCUCCUCCUCCUCCUCGUACGGUGGAGUUGCCUCCCCGGGCUCCGACGUCCGUCCUGGAGACUGGUACUGUGGCGUUGCCAACUGUGGAACCCACAACUUUGCGAACCGGUCGAGCUGCUUCGUAUGCGGCGCGUUUAAGGAUGAGUCAGCAGCGACGGCUGCCAGAGGUGGGUUUGAUUUUGAUGUGGCGCCACGUGGAUCGAGGAGCUUUGGUUUUGGAAGCAAUGGCUCACGUGGUGGGUCUUCUUGGAAGUCUGGUGACUGGAUUUGUUCCAGGUCAGGAUGCAACGUACAUAACUUUGCGAGUAGAAUGGAGUGUUUUCGAUGCAAUGCUCCCAGAGACUCGUUCUUCUGAAAUAUCGAAUUUUCAUCAAAAUUUUCUAUAUUUUUCUUCGAAUAUAAUAGUACAUAGUUUAGUUCGUAUCAU